AUGCCCUCAAAUGAGGAUGGGGUUGCUCGAGCGGAGCUAAGAUAUAUUCCACUCCCUUACUGUCGUGAUGAUUCUGAGAAUUCCGCUCGAAAAAUCAUUUUAAACUAUAACCCAGAGUGGGAAAAUCCUGUGAACAAGAUUGAAUUCGUUCAGUUCGCCAACGGUCUUACCAACACUGUACUGAAAGUUCUCAUUCAUAGACCUGAGUUAACAAACUCAGAGGUGGAAAAUGAGGCUCUCUUAAUAAGAGCUUAUGGCGACCGAGGUGCCCUCAUCGACCGCGAAGAAGAGAUAAAUACGCAUUUGUUUCUUGCACAACAUGAUCUUGCUCCGCCUCUUUUAGCCCGGUUUAAGAACGGCAUUCUUUACCCAUUUGUCUCAGGAAGGCCAUGUGAGGAACAUGAGCUCUUCUCUCCACCUGUUUUUUGCGGGAUUGCCCGUCAUCUUGCAAAAUGGCAUGCUCUCCUACCCCGAAUCAGUGAUGAAUAUUCUCCUAGGAAUUCGUUAAACGGACAUCAAGCAAGAAUGACUGCAGCAAAUCCUAACAGUAUUAGCCAGACUCAAAUGCGGACUGCCUCUACUAUAUGGGAGGUAAUGGCAAACUGGAUUUCCAAGCUACCAGACAGCACACAAGAGCAAUGCGAUCGACGCCUGAGACUGCAAAAGGAGCUGAGCUGGAUGAAAGCUCGAUUUAACGAGAACAAUACCACUGACGAGCCCAAUCUGGUGUUCACUCAUGGUGAUUUGAUUCCCGGAAAUAUCAUCAUUCUUCCUGGAAAAAGCGAUUUGCAGUCUAGUCACGAACCUGAGUCAGUGAAAGUCCGCUUCAUCGACUAUGAGUGCGCCGGGAUCCAGCCAGCUGCUUUUGAAAUUGCAAGUUUCUUUUAUUGCUGGAUUGGAACAGAGUGCGACUAUACAAGACUUCCCACCAGAACGACUCGACGUCAAUUCUUGGCAGAAUAUGUUAAAAGCUAUUGCGAGCGUUGUGGACUAAAGUCAUCGAGAGAAGGAGGAAUUCUUCAGCGUAUGUGCCAUGAAGUUGACCGUUAUAGAGGAAUUCCUGGCUUUUAUUGGGCUUUAUGGGGAUUUGUGCAUUCUUUGAAGCCAGAUCCUGACUUUGACUCAGCUAGCUACGGCGAGAAGCGUCUACUUGAAUAUUACGCCUGGAAGGAGGAAUUCGAUGGAAGUCGUCAAGAGGGAGAGAAGCCGCCACUUUGUGAGCAGCAAUGGGCACGGGAAUGA